AGUAGUUAGUGACAAUCAAUUUGUUAAAUUCUCAUUUUUUAUUCUUCUUAAGUACUAUUUAGAAUUUCUUGCCUUUACAAAUAAAAUAAGUUUAAAAAAAAUACGAUAAAAUAAUUUAUUUUCAGUAGGAAAGCAGACGAAUCAAACAUGGCCUUAAUUUCGACUAAUGUCAUACACACAUCGUGAUAAAGCGAUAACGCAAUCCACCGCCCUUCAUCCGUAUGUCUCUAUAGUGAGUACUACGUAGUUAUUGAUUUUUCAAAGUCUACCUUUUUCUUUAAAGCAAUUCCCUUCCCACUUAUAAGUCUUACAGAGUACGAAAUACUAAUAAUGUCUUAGUCUAGUGAUUAAAAUUGAGGGUGAUCAGUGUAUGAGAGAUCUCAAUUUCAAAACCCCUGUCGGCCUCACGCCUAAAUGGUAACCAAUCUACAUUUUUCAAUCCUCCAAUCAAUCUAAAGUUAAGCUAACCAAAUAUCUAUCAGAAAAUGAACUCAGAAACAACAAUGAAACAAAUCUCAGAAUGCUUCAUCAAGCCAAAAUAUGAACCAAAUGAAGCCAAUAAACCUUACUACUUAUCCCCCAUGGAUCUAGCUAUGCUAUCUAUGCAUUACAUCCAAAAAGGUCUUCUAUUCAAAAAGCCAUCAAAACUUAAUCAUGAUCAAGAAUUCUCCAUCCACAAACUUAAAGAAUCCCUUUCUCUAACCCUCGUUCAUUUCUAUCCACUAGCCGGUCAAUUCGUUACACAGGUGGAUGACGACCAUAGCCUUAUUUUCAUCGACUGCAACAAGGGCCCUGGUGCGAGGUUUAUUCACUCUACGUUAGACAUGACCAUAUCUGACAUACUUUCUCCAACCUAUGUUCCUGUUGUGGUUCAUUCAUUUUUUGACCAUGACAGGGCUGUUAGCCAUGAUGCUCAUUCUAUGUCUUUGCUUACGGUUAAAGUUACUGAGCUUAUUGAUGGGGUUUUCAUUGGCUGCUCAAUUAACCAUGCGGUUGUAGAUGGGACCUCUUUCUGGCAUUUUUGGAACGUGUGGUCCGAGAUUCAUACAUCAAUGGAUUUAGUCGAACAACUGCCUCUAUCGCGGAUGCCAGUCCAUGAAGGUUGGUUUCCUGAAGGGUAUGAUCCACCUAGUCGCCUUCCUUUCUCACAACCAGAUGAAUUUGUUAGCCGAUACGAACCACCUCAACUAAAAGAGAGGUUUUUCCAUUUCUCGUCCGGGUCCAUGGCAAGACUAAAAGCUAAAGCAAACGAAGAAAACAACAACAACAACAACAACAACAACAACAACAACAACAACAAGAUAUCUUCCUUUCAGGCCUUAUCUGCACUAUGUUGGCGAGCAAUCAUUCGAGCAAACAACCUACCAAAACAUCAUCCCACAAGUUGCAAACUAGCAACCAACAACAGACACAGGCUAACUCCACCUCUAUCCCAACAUUAUUUUGGUAACUGCGUUAGCGUAAUCAACACAACAACAACAGCUAGUGAACUACUCGAACACAGCUUGGGAUUGACAGCAGAAUCACUGCAUCAGACAGUAGUUAACCACGACGAUAAAUCAGUGCGCGAUUUCUUUAAUAAUUGGAUGAAAUCUCCCAUUGUUUACCAGCUUAAUAAGCUGUUUGAUGAUUACAGUGUGGUUAUGUCAAGCUCGCCAAGAUUUGACAUGUAUGGAAACGAAUUUGGGUUCGGAAAAGCAGUAGCUGUACGGAGUGGGUAUGCGAAUAAGUCUGUAGGGUCGGUGAUUUCGUACGAAGGAUAUGAAGGUGGAGGAAGUGUGGAUUUGGAGAUAUGUUUGAGUUCUGGUUUGAUGGAAGCUCUUGAAUCGGAUGAGGAGUUCAUGGGUUUUGUACUAAAUUAAUUGAGAAAGCUAAACCAAAAAAAUUGAACCUGACGUGAAUCGAACACGCAACCUUCUGAUCUGGAGUCAGACGCGCUACCAUUGCGCCACAGAUCCUUAUUGUUAUUACUCUUUGUUAAAUUGUCAAGACUAAUCCACUUUUGUUUGAAAUACUGUAUAUAUUUGUUGAAUACAAAUUCCAUAUUUACAA